UAAGAUUUUAAUCAUAAUAGGAAUAUGGAUUCUGAAAAGAUUUUGACAGUUAUCAUCACUGGAGCUGCAGGCCAGAUAGGAUACUCCCUCAUCCCACUUGUAGCAUCAGGACAGACCUUUGGAAAAGAUGUUAAACUCCACUUGAGAUUGCUGGAUAUUGAAUCGCAAGUUGAGAAACUUAAGGGAGUUGUCAUGGAGACCCAGGACUGAGCAUUCCCCUUAGUUCUCAGCAUUGAAUAUGGAUAUGAUCCAGAAGUCAUCUUUAAGGAUGCUGAUGUUGGUAUCUUCGUUGGUGGGUUCCCAAGACUUAAGGGAAUGGAGAGAAAAGAUCUGAUUGAUAAAAACGUAAAGAUUUUUAAGGAGCAAGGAAAAGCAUUAAAUGAGGUGGCGUCACCAAACUGCAAAGUCCUUGUAGUAGCCAACCCAGCAAAUACUAAUUGUUUAAUCUUGAGCAAGAAUUGUCCAAAUAUUCCUAAGGAGAACUUCACUGCUAUGACUAGACUUGACCAUGAUAGAGCCCUGAAUCAGAUUGCUCUUAGAACAGAGUCAAGGCUUGAAGAUGUCAAAAACGUCAUCGUUUGGGGAAAUCACUCUUCUACCCAAUAUCCAGAUGCAAGAUUUGCUACUAUUAAAGGAGAAUCUUUAGACUACAAGGGAGAUGAGGAUUACUAUAAAGGUGACUUCAUCAGCACCGUACAGAAGAGAGGAGCAGCCAUCAUUGAAGCAAGAGGGUUCAGCAGCUCUAUGUCUGCAGCCAAUGCUGCCAGCAAUCAUUUAAGAGAUUGGUACCACGGAUCUGAAGAUAUGCUUUCAAUGUCAAUCCUGAGUGAUGGCACUCAUUAUGAUAUCGAUGAUAACCUAUGCUUCUCCUUCCCAGUUAAGUGUACUGGAGAUUUCAAGCAUGAAGUAAUUGAUGGCCUAGAUAUCGACGAUUUCUCAAGAGAAAAGAUGAACAUCACCCAGAAGGAGCUCACUGAUGAGAGAGAUUUAGGUGAAGAACAAUAA